AUGCAAGACAACAAAUGGUCACCCGCACAAGAGUCUUCCAACUACAUGGCCCUUUCCAACUAUCCUUACAGUAACGAAUAUCCACCGCACCCGGCUGGUUCCAAUAGCAGUGGUUCGUCUCAUCUCGCCAUGUCACAACCAAUUCAAGGGAUGCUCUCAAUGUCUCAACCAACUACCCCACGCCCGGACGUAACCAGUCCAACAUCUCCAGAUUCAGCAAAGAUGUCCGGUCCUCCUAAUCUCAUUCGCAAACGCCCUCCUCUGCCUUCUCGAGCUGCCAGCUUUACAACCACAACAUUCCAUUCUAAUCCCUACCCCAAUGGAGCUCCAAUUCGACGCCGUAGAACAGAGUCAUCCAUGUUUACUUUUGAAACAGGUCCUGGUUUUUCGAACACUAAGCAAUUACUGGAGAUCUGGAAUAUGGACCAAACAAACGGGUACCACCUUCAAAUUCAAGUCAAAAUGGAUCGAGGUUUCUUUCGGGCUGACCAAGACUGGACGUGUUAUCGACGCAACUACUUCCAAGUCAGUGCAGCAUUCGAAGUACAUGGCCUGAAUUACCUUCUACAGUCUCCUGAAAUACCCUGUCUCGUAAAGUCCGAGAAUCAAGAACUUCACCAAGUAGACUACUUCACGAUUGGUGUCGGGGCACGUAUCUCAAGCGGCGAAAAGAAGAUUGAUCUUGUACAGCACACUCCUAAGCGUGACAAGGGUCCUCAGAUGGUACCUGAACCUCGCAUGGUACGUGCAGGCGGAAAUCUCCACCUGGCCACGGUAGGAUCAAAUCACAAUGUUGUUACCUUUGAACGCAUGCAAUUCAAAACUGCUACUGCCAACAAUGGGAAAAGACGUGCUGCCCAACAGUACUAUGAAAUUGUCGUCGAUCUGUACGCAAAAACCACAUCUGAAAAGACUUUCCGGGUUGCCACAUGUGUGUCUGCCCCUCUAGUGGUCCGUGGUCGCAGUCCCGGUCACUAUGCAGAUUCACAUACACGUUACCAAGACAUCGAGAAUGGUGCUGGAGGUGUAGGAGGUGUAGGAGUAGGAGGAGGAGGACCUUCUGUAGCUGGUCCACCGCCGUCUGCCUUUGGAAUGGGCAUGGGAGAAGAACAACGUUAUGGUGGAGGACCAAUACACUCGCGUUACAUGAGUUUGCCAACAUCGCCUGUUAAUGAUUUUGGUUACUCGUCUGGGUAUCAGGGAUAUCCUUACCAAAGCUACGCUUCGGUUGUGUCGCCUACAAAUUUGCCAUCUUCCGCAAGAUCGGAUGACAGCAAUCAGUCUAUGCGUGCCGAUGUACCUUUCAUGGUCAACCCUGCCCCUUAUUCGAUAAGCCAACAACAACAACAACAGCAACAACAACAACAACAGCAACAAGGACCUUCUGGAAGUAAUAAUACCCAUGAUGGUGCAUACUUCCCAUCUGGACAUCCUAUGGACACUUCAAUGGCACAUUCACGUAUUACUUCGUCUUCAUCUUCUAACAAUAGUCAGUCGGUUUAUGAUCGUCAGGAACCAUAUUCAUCUAUCAAACCUGAGCCUAUCGGUGAAUCUAUGGGAGCAGACAAAUAUUGGCCCGGCCCUCCUAUCCAACGACAGUAUCCUCCUAAUGAUGUAAAUGUACGAUAUGCACCCCAACAUCAUCACCAGCAACAACAACAGCAACACCACCACCACCACCAGCAACAACAACAACAACAACAACAGCAAGGCUAUGUAGGAUCUGGUUAUCCUUAUGCCAACCACCACGACAACAAUGGACCUUUCCCACCUGUGCUUGAUCCUUCUAUUAAUACCAGUAGGCCCAUGUCGCCUGACAAACACUUUUCUGCUUCUUAAUGCCAAAGUAUUUUCUUUCUUUCUUUUCUUUCUUUCUUUCUUUCUUUCUUUCUCUGCCUAUCUUUUAUUUUGAUUUUACCAAUUUAUUAUCCUUAUUACUAUUACCAUUACCACUAUUAUUAUUAUUACCAUUAUUAUUAUCAUUAUUACAUUUAUUAUUAUUACAGCUAUAAUUUAUAUUUAUAUUUAUAUACAUAUAUACAUAUAUAUUGUCUUAUUUUUGCUUAUCC